AUGUUUUCAUCCCUGGCAUUGGUGCUGCUACUCGGCCUACAGGCCACAGUGGGCGCGAUCUCGCCCAUUUCGGCUGUCGGCAACAAAUUCUUCUACGAGAAUGGAACUCAGUUCUACAUCAAAGGCAUUGCUUAUCAGCUUACCCCAAGUGACCCGCUUAUCGACACUGCCCAAUGCAAGCGGGAUAUCGCCCGGAUGUCCGAGCUGGGCACCAAUGCGAUCCGUGUGUACCACGUGGAUCCCCAUGGUGAUCACAAGGGCUGUAUGUCGGCACUGGCGGAUGCUGGAAUCCACCUCUUCGUCGAUUUGGACACUUUUAAUACCCAGAUCGAACAGACCAAGCCUCACUGGAAUCAGACCCAAUUUGAUGCCUUCAAGGCGGUGCUCGACGAAUUCCAAAAGUUCGAAAACACUGCCGGUGUCUUGGUCGGAAAUGAGGUACUCACCACGGCCGAUGGCUCGGCGGCUGCUCCCUACGUCUUGGCGGCUGCUCGUGACAUCAAGGCCUACCGUGAUAAGAAGGGCUAUCGCGACAUUCCCGUUGGUUACUCUGCGGCCGAUAUUGCCGAGCUGAGACCUAUGCUCCAGAACUACAUGGCCUGUGACAAGGAUGCAGCCAAUCGCUUGGACUUUUACUCGCUGAACGCCUACGAGUGGUGCGGUUCGUCCAGCUAUGAAAAGUCUGGAUACAAUAUCCUGCAGAAGAAUGCCACUGAUUACCCCAUCCCUAUCUUCUUCUCCGAGACCGGCUGUAACACCCCCUCACCUCGCACCUUUGAGGACCAGGCUGCCAUCUUUGGUGAGCACAUGUCUGAUACUUGGUCUGGAUCCAUUAUCUACGAGUGGAUCGAGGAGACCAACGACUAUGGAUUGAUCAGCUAUGGUCCUUCGGUCGACGCUGCGACUGCGACUGCGAGCUCCAUCGAGGACGGCUUCACCCGCAAGGGCACCCCGACGCCUGUGUCACCUGAUUUCAACAACCUCAAGUCUCAGUGGGCUACUCUGAACCCGACCGGUGUUGCUCUUUCUGCCUACCGGAAGAGCGCGUCCAGCCUCACCGGCAUUGAGUGCCCUGCCUCGACCUCUGGUGGAUGGGCAAUCGACCCAAGCUCGCCGCUACCUACCUUAGGUCAGACCUAUACCAAGGGAUCUCAUUCCACCACGACCGGUAAGGACAUCAAUAAGGUCCAGGCAACCGGAUCCCCCUCUGAAUCGGCAACAAAGGAAGGCGCUGCUCACGCUGUGACUGUCGGCUCGCCAGCUACCGAGCGCCUGCUCGCUGGAUCCUUGGUACUGUCUGGCUUGUUGGGUGUUGUUGCCCUUUGGCUUUGA